GCGGCAUAGAAGAAGAAGAAGGUAGUCGAGUAGAAUUUUCAGUAGGACCCAAACAGUGAUGGUGUGAUAGGAACUUAUGUGAACACUUAAGCACGAGAAACGUUUGGGGUGUUUUUCUCUCACUGAAAUCUCUCCGGGCUACACAGACAUAUCAUAAGAUUUAAAAGCAAGACACGAAAGAAAAAAAAAAACAAAAAUGGACACCAUGCAGAGGAGAAUGACUGAGGAGGACGUGGUCCAGUAUAAACUAUUCUUGGUACAACCAGACUGUUCAACGUCACAGCAGACUGGGGAACAUCUUUCACAUCUAGUAGAGGAGAUUAUGGCAAAGGUUGCCCCACUCCUGAUCCAAUUCAUCUGGCAGCAUCAGUCAUUCAACCUCAAGUAUAUUCCUGAGAAAGGAGGUGUCCCUGCUCACAUUGGCGGAAGCACUCACUUUGGGGACAAUGUGGAGGAUGAGUGGUUUAUCGUUUACCUCUUGCAGCAAAUCACAGAGGCCUUCCCAGAACUUGCAGCCAGAGUUGAGGACAACGAUGGGGAGUUUCUUCUGAUUGAAGCAGCAGAUUAUCUUCCCAAGUGGCUGAAUCCAGACACCAGUGAAAACAGGGUCUUCCUCUAUAGGGGAGAAUUACAUAUCCUCCCCUGCCCCUCCACAUCUAGUCCAUUUGGGGUCUCAAAGGAUGUGGUACCCAGUGUGGCACAAGCUCUAGCACUGCUCUCCACCCACCCAAAGACCUGUCAGGCAAGCCCCAAGAUUUCUUCAGCCUUGAGGAAACGACUGGAGGGGUACCCAGAGAAGAUUAAAACAGGCCUCCACCGGGCCCACUGCUUCAUACCCGCAGGUAUUGCCAAGGUGUUGGCACAGCGACCAGACCUGGUCGCCCCUGCGGUGUCAGCGUUCUAUCUGCGGGAUCCAAUAGAUCUGCAGGUGUGUCGAAGCUUCAAGACCUUUCCUCCUGAUACAAGAGUGCUCACCUUGGUGACAUUUACCCGUUGCCUGUAUGCUCAGCUGCAUCAGCAACAAUUCACUCCAGACCGGAGGAGUAACUUCACCUUGCCUCCUCGCUCUCAUCCCCAGUACAAAGCUCAUGAACUUGGCAUGAAACUGGCCCAUGGCUUUGAGAUCCUGUGCGCCAAGUGCAGGCUGCCGUCAUCAGAGCCCAAUGCCUCCAUCAGUUGUAACCCUCAGUGGAAAAACUUCAUGGACAGUCUGAAAAGGAAUGGCUACUUUCGAGGAGAACUAGAAGGCUCAGCCCGUUACAGAGAACUGACAAGAUCAGCAGAAAACUUCUUCAAACAGUUUGUCGCCUCAAAAUCAAGUACUUUGUCACCAGGUGAGGAGGUUCUCCAGCUGUUCCACAGCUGCAAUUCGUUUGACUUGGAGGAGUUGAGGCAGCAGGAGUCACAGCUCCCCCAAGAGGACAGUGACAGCUGGCUGGAUAUCACAGCUCAGGAUUUGGAGCGUAUGUUGCAGGAGAGAAGUGGGAGGAGGUCUGAUUUCUGUAGCCAAAACUCCAGCUCCACCAGACAGACACAGCAUGUGAGGGAUGAAGAGGAGAAGAGGAAAGAGACUGAGAAUGAGGAAGAGACUGGUUACAGCCUGGUAGCAGUCAGUCAGGGGAUGAAGAGCUUUCUCAAUGCCAUGUCAUCACACGAAGGUGCUGAACUGCCCUGUAGCAGCUCAACUCAGCCUUUUAGUGUUGACCCUGACACCAUGGCCAACGCACUGGACAGACUCCUUGGAAGGAAAGAAGAAGAGCUAGACUCAGACGAUUUAGAUGAUGAAGAAGUGGAGGAGACAGAAGAGACGAACAACUUAGAAACUUUGGACAGCCUCAGAGGGUAUAUGGACCAAAUGGAUCAGGAGCUAAUGAGCACUAAUAUAGGACAAAGCUUCACCCAGAUGAGUUACAACAAGCCAGACUUGGACAAAGGCUCCCUUCAUCCCUCUGCCACACACAGUUUCUCAGGUGAGGGAGGGGUGGAAGAGAGAGAAGAGGACAUCCAGCCUCUUGAUGUGGACCUCAACCUGGUCACAAACCUGCUGGAGUCCCUCAGCUGCCAGGCUGGACUGGCCGGACCAGCCUCCAACCUGCUGCAGAGCCUGGGAUUACACCUACCACCCAACUCGGACUCCUCUUAGAGGACAAGACGUAGCUAAUUACUGAUGGUAAUAUUUGGCAGGCUUCACUUAGCAAGGAUUGCCACCUACAGCUGUUAGCAGAGAGCCUUCAUAACAUUAUAUGUCCUGCUGUCAGGAGGCAUUCAUGGAUGUUGAAGACGUCCUGUGGAGCUUUUUAUUAUAAACAAACAUGGCUUUGUUUACAUUCAGUGUUUCUCAUUGCAGCUGGGUGUGUGCCCCCGUAAAACUGUAUUUACAAUUAUCAGACAUGUUGACAUUUCCAGUAACACAUUUUGAAAAAUCUUUUUAGAUGUUGUGAAAUUGUUUGCAUUUGGCAGUUAAUAUUAAAUAUGUGCAAGUACAGAAAAUGGUGAAUUACCAUCAAGUCCACCUACAGCUGUUAGCAGAGAGCCUUCAUAACAUUAUAUGUACUGCUGUCAGGAGGCACUCAUGGAUGUUGAAGACGUCCUGUGG